ACUAAACCCACCUAGAGAAUUCUGUUUAAAAUAUACCUUUAUAACGGGUGCAGAUUUUGAGCUGCCUAAUACAGCCAUCUGACCUUCGUAUAUUCUGUUCGCGCCCACUUCCCCUGCAUGAUCUACUCUUAAAAUCUUGUCUAUGAGUGGGUCUGCUCUACUUAACCUUCUCUUGGAGCUCGUACACAGACAACGACAAGAAAUAGCCGAAGGACGAUGAAAAAUUUGAAAAAUCACACUUCGAGAGAUCGCCAUUUUGUUUACGAAAUUCAAGAUUUCCUUUGACAAGAGAACUGAAAUUCCUUAGUUUUCCGAAACAUUUUUCCAAUUACUUCGUGACUGACAAGGGAAAAUUCCUGUUUUCAAGGAUAAAAUUUAUAAACCUAAAUAUUCAAGUUUGCUAUUAUUGUCUAGCGCAUAAACAAUAUGGAUUCUGAGGUUUGAAAAUAAUCUUAUUUUCUUCUUUUUUUAUUUUGAAUGUUUGGAUUUUGUGAUAAUUUUUGGUGUGUUUUAGGAUGAAUGUGUGCAGGGGAAUACGGUGGCUAAAAAUCAUGGUUUAAAUCCAAAUAAAAGUAAGUUUUAAGCCAUUUAUUAUAAUAUAUGAUAGAUGAUAUUUAAUAUUAAAUUGUGGUCUAAUAAUAAUGUUUUUUAUCUGACUCAUUUCAUUUAUAGGGAAGAAAAAACGAAAGAAAAUGAAGGGAAUGAAGAAAAGGAAAAAGAAAAAUGAAGAUGAGAAAGAAGAAAGUUUAACUGUAAGUUUCAUUUUUUUAUUUGUAUUUUGAAAUAAUUGAUGAUUUAAUAGUAGAACCGAAUUAUAGUUUCACUUUCAUUUUCAAAUAAUAUUUAUUAAUAUAUACCUGUUGCCACCUCAUUCACCUUUUUGGAUAAUUCACAUGCCUAGUCACCACUGUUUAAAUUAUUAAUACAUUAUUAUUUUAUACCUUAUUAUUAUUAUUAUUAUUGUAAAACGGAAGAAGGAUAAAUAUAGAGAAUUAUUGAGACAGCUAGGUAAAAAUUUUAACCAAGUUAUAUUUAUAAAUCUCUCUAUCAGCUCUUUAGGUAUUUUUGCA